GCAGCUGAAGAAGUUAGAUGAAGACAGUUUAACCAAACAACCUGAAGAAGUAUUUGAUGUAUUGGAGAAGCUUGGAGAAGGUUCCUAUGGCAGUGUGUUCAAAGCCAUUCAUAAAGAAACGGGUCAAGUUGUUGCAAUUAAACAAGUUCCUGUGGAAUCGGACCUACAAGAGAUUAUAAAGGAAAUAUCCAUAAUGCAGCAAUGUGACAGUCCUCAUGUGGUGAAAUAUUACGGGAGCUACUUUAAGAACACGGACCUGUGGAUAGUCAUGGAAUACUGCGGCGCUGGAUCUGUGUCUGAUAUUAUUCGAUUACGAAAUAAAACUCUCACAGAGGAGGAAAUUGCUACAAUAGUGCAAUCAACACUGAAAGGACUGGAGUACCUGCAUUUUAUGAGGAAAAUACACAGGGACAUCAAAGCUGGAAAUAUAUUGCUAAAUACGGAGGGACAUGCUAAACUUGCAGAUUUUGGAGUGGCAGGACAACUUACAGACACCAUGGCAAAGAGGAACACAGUUAUAGGGACCCCUUUUUGGAUGGCUCCAGAAGUGAUUCAAGAAAUUGGGUAUAAUUGUGUUGCAGACAUCUGGUCUCUGGGAAUCACUGCAAUAGAAAUGGCCGAAGGCAAGCCACCAUAUGCAGAUAUUCAUCCUAUGAGGGCAAUUUUCAUGAUUCCUACCAAUCCACCUCCAACAUUUCGGAAACCAGAGCUCUGGUCAGACAAUUUCACGGACUUUGUAAAACAGUGUCUUGUUAAGAGCCCAGAGCAGCGUGCCACUGCAACACAGCUUCUGCAGCAUCCAUUUGUUAAAAGUGCCAAAGGAGUGUCAAUUCUGCGAGACUUGAUUAACGAAGCAAUGGAUAUCAAGCUGAAACGUCAAGAAGCACAACAGCGUGAACUGGAUCAAGAUGAUGAAGAAAAUUCAGAAGAAGAUGAAUCUGAUUCAGGUACCAUGGUGAGGGCGAGCGGAGAUGAAACUGGUACCAUAAGAGCUGUCAAUACGAUGAGUGAUGGAGCCAACACAAUGAUAGAACAUGACGGCACCUUGGAAUCCCAGCUGGGCACAAUGGUCAUAAACACAGAAGAGGAAGAGGAGGAGGGCACCAUGAAAACACCAAAUAAAACAAUACUGGAGAAUGCAGAGCUGCCAACAGUGGUGCGAGUUGGGCUGUCUGGUUUUUGGGUCGAGAUGAAUGAGGGAUCUGGAGACAGUGGAAGAACUGUGGGUGUGGGGUUUUUGUUAAGGCAGCAAGCAUUCUGUAGAGCAUCUGGUGCAGAG